AAGUAACAACAAAAACAAAAUAGUAAACAAUCACCAAAAAAGCGCGAAAACGUAACAAGUUGACAACAAACGAUAAUUUGCAUCGUCGUACCUUCUUCGCAUCAAGUCAGGAAUGUCAGAAAUGGUCGGAAUCAUGGCGGAAUGUUAGCUUGCAUGAUGCAAUGGAUGGAUGGUGGGAUCGAGCAGACAUGGAGUGUGGAAUGCCUUAUUACAUCAAUCAUCGGGAGAGGAAGACACAAUGGGACCAUCCAAAGUACACUGAAAUAAUCAAUUUACUUCGAGAAUGUAAUAUCAUAAAGUAUGCUGCAUAUCGAACUGCAGCCAAACUGUGUGUGCUUCAAAGAACGCUGCACAUGGAACAGGUUCGAAUGGGCCUUGUUGUGGGAGUCCUUGACCAACAUCGUCUCCGUGCUCCUGAAAAUGGUGUAAUCCUAGAAGUGACUGAGCUUGAAGCUGUUCUGGCUGACAUGUUUUUUGCUUCACGCAGAGAAAAUAUGUCAGAUGAUGAUGUUGAUUUAAACUCAGAGCUUUUGCUCAACUUCCUUCUCAAUGCGUUUGAUGAUAAAAGAAAAACUGGUUUAACUGUUCUUCAAGUCAAAGUAGCUCUUAUUGUCCUCUCUUGUGGACGUUUACAAGAUAAACACCAGUAUUUGUUUCACCAAGUGGCUGACCACAAUAAUUGCAUUUCUCGUCGUAAGCUUGAAGCUUUACUCCGUGCUCUAGCACUGAUUGCUGAAUAUCUUUCAGAAGGGCAAUCAUUUGGCCCAGCCUUGGUUCCAGCUACAGUAGAUAGUUGCUUUCAACUGUCACAAGGUACUUUAGGAGUAACAGAAGAUGGCUAUAUGAGUUGGCUUCUCCACGAGCCUCAGUUGCUUGUGUGGCUGUCCACAUUCUACCGCAUGCGAUCAGCUGAACUUGUGUGGCACAAUGUAAAAUGUGCUGUCUGCAAAGCACAACCUAUUCGUGGAUUACGCUACCGUUGCUUGCGUUGCAUGGGCUAUGAGCAAUGUCAGACCUGCUUCCUCACCGGUAAAGCUAAUCGCAAACACAAGCUUUCACAUCCUAUGCAGGAAUAUGUCGGUCAGACAUCUUCCAUGGAAGCUACUCGAGCCUUUCUAAAGGUGCUCAAAAACAAGGUUUGCCGCUCAUCGUCUAAGAUUCAGUAUCUGCCUGUUCUACCCCAGGAUUCUGUUUCUUCCACCUCUUCCAAGAACCAAAGAGCUAAUGAACGUGGUGCUGCUGCUGGAUCUUGUGGUGACGUCACUCGACUUUUAGAUGGCUUGGAAACAACUUCUCGUACUGUAUUGUAUGGCUCGACAUUGGACCUCCAUCCUGGCAAAGAACUGCAAAGCAUUAUCUCUCAAUUGGAACUUCUGUGUGCUGCCGAUGAAAGUGCCAAUAGCAAUGCCCCUGUCGCAACAAGGAGGAAAGUAGAAGCUCAAGUUCAGAGACUGAAGAUGUUGAAGCGAUUCCUUACCUUAAGAGUUCGUCCGCAAGUACCGCAUCGCACGCUGGAACGGUUAGAAAGUACUCCUUUGGUUUAUGCGGGGCAACGCAAUCGCAAGCCAAAUGCUGACCAUUUCAAUGAGUUAAGCCCCAUCCCUAUGGAAAAGAAUUCCUCUUAUGUACCUCCAAGAGAAGUUCAAUCAGAUUUGCCUGGUCCAAGGGAAUUUGGAGAAGGUGCUGAAGCAAGUGCUGAUGACUCAUCUUCCUUGCCCAGUCUCACUGACAGACACCCUGGAGAUAUAAGCACUUGGCUUGGGAACCACCAGUCUUUCACUGUCUCAAAACCUCAAAAUUUACCUGCUCUUUGGCUUCAAAAUUCUAGAAUGGGAAGAGAGCCUUUUAAUAUUGGAGACGAACCGAGCCCAUCUUCAGAUUCUAGAUCUGAAGCUCAAUCUGAUGGUCAGUCUGAGGGCCAGUCGGAUGCGCUCUCUGAUGUUCAAAGAGAUCGCCGACUUGAAGAACUCCACAAGGAUUUGGAUACAAUACUCGAUCGUUUGCAGAAUAUGCUUGCAUCAAAUUUUGCAGAAGAUACUGUUAAUAAAGACAAUGAAAAAUUGCAGCAGGAUGCGAUUGAAAUAGAAGAUCUGUUGUCUGGUCUUAUUGAAGGUGUUGAAAGCAAUCACCCUCCCAGAAAUAGCUGUGAAAACCAUGAUGUGGUUCCACAAGAUGACAAAGUCAAUAAUAAUGCCAUCACAAGUUGCUAAUACGGUAUUCAUCAUUUUUCAGCUGGCAUUAUUAUUGGAAACCCCGUACUCAGGUCAACUUUAUUCUCAUUUUAAUUUUCUUAUUUUGUAGUGUUAUUUUUAAGUAAGUAUUUUCUUGCUAUAUUUUUGUCCUCCCAAAUCCUACCUAUUUGCACAUAAUGCAUUGCUCUCUACUGCCCUUCCCGAUCUCCCUUGUUCAUACCUAAUUUACAUGUAGUAGGUAGGAGUAAACUAGUGAGUUGGAAAGCUUGAUUUUAUUGUGGUGCUGAAGCCUGAAGAUAUUAUUUUUGAACCCCCUGUUGUUAUAAGUUAUGAUAUUUUUUCUUUAAUUUUGUUUUGUAGGGAUUGUUUUAUUCCCUAAAUCUGUUGUAAAUUGUAACACUGUAAGCAAUCAUUGUUCUGUGACAGUGCUUGGUGCAUACCUUACUGUUGAAUGUUUAUAUGAAGACUGUCCCCGUACUUCUGUAAUUGAUUUGCCUUUUCGUAUUUACUUUUUUCUAAACAGAGUUUUUAUUAAUGAUUGUGUUUCUCAAGUAUAUGGGGUACUAACUUGUUUAAAUUUUAUUUUGUGUAGUAUGCUGAAGCUAUAACUUUACUGUAGCUCAAGUGGCCACUUGAAAAUUCAUUUAAGCUUUCAGUUUUGUCGUCUUGAGAUCUCAUUUUUUGAUGCUACACUAAUUUUUGCAUAACAUUGAAUUUCUCGUGGUCCAGGACAAUUGAGAAUGCUCACUCAGAUGUAUGAACUUGUUUUUAAGUAACCAUGUGUUUGUGGACUUAUUGAGUCAGACUUAUUACGGGGAAUAGCAACCUUGAACUUGCAUUGUAUUAGUGUGUCCCCUCGGUCGAGCAUUAGUUUUCCUCUUCGUUUUUCAAAUAAUCUGGUCAAAGGAAAUACUACCAUGCGAUCUGUAGCAUAUUAUGUUUCCUCUCAAUCCUUUGUAAAAUACCAUCAUAUGUAGAAUUGAGGUCAAUUUACGGACAGCGUGAUGUUUUCCUUGGCUAGCCUUCUGCCUCCGUCCAUUGUUGCCUGGAUAGUGUUAUUUUGUUUGGUUUGCAAUGGCAAAAUCAAUUUUUGAUGAUAUAUUCCGUUUAUUCUUGUUUUUGUUUGCAAAACAGUUUUAAAGAUUUUAUGCUUUUAAUCAUGUGAAAGUUAAAUAACCGGCUUGCACACACUUUUUGUGGCUCCAGUUGUGAAAGCCACAUUUCAACAGUGUGGGAAAGUUAAGCACCCUGUUUUUAAUUUUUUAUAGACUCACUUUCAUUUAAAGAAGAUAGAUUUACGUGUAAAGUUGAUAAAUAUAUAUAUGUAUGCAUAUAUUUAUAAACAUGAGUGUAGUAACAUUAAACAGCA